GCUUACUACGGCCCAAAGGCGUUGGUGGUUGGUGUCCGUCCGAAGAUGCGUUGCUCUCCGGCAGCAUCAGUACCAGCUCCGCCGUGCUAAUACACCAAACCCCGGGGGACGGAGGAGACAUACAGGCGGUGUGUGGAGCUGCGACCGCGCCGGUGCACCUGACUGCAAGAUGGGAGACCAGAAGGAAUCUCUGCAGAAGAUCACCCACACACUGGCCAUGAAGAAUGAGGAGAUUUCCAACUUCAUCUGCACUCUCAAGCAGAGUCUGGACAACUUGGAGGCGAACUCCAACCGGGUGCAGGAGGACCUGGAGUCUGAAUUCAGCUCCCUCCAUGCUGUUCUGGAUGAAAUGAAAGAAAACAUGCUGACCCGUAUCAAACAGGAGCGAGCAAGCCGUACCUAUGAGCUGCAGAGUCAGCUGAGCGCCUGCUCCAAAGCCCUGGAGAGUUCAGAGGAGCUUCUGGAGAUGGCCAAUCAGACGCUCUGCUCCUCUGAGACGGACGGUUUUACUCAGGCGGCCAAAGACAUUAAGGAUAGCGUCACAAUGGCUCCAGCCUUUCGCCUCUCCCUGAAGGCUAAAGCCAGUGACAACAUGAGUCACUUGAUGGUGGAUUUCAGCCAGGAGAGGGAGAUGUUGCAAGGACUCAAAUUUCUCCCAGUUCCUGCUACUCCUGAGAUCCAGGUGUCAGAAUGCCAGGUGUGCGACAAUACGGUGACUGUAGUUUGGAGUUUACCAGAGCCUGAUAGCAAGAUAGACCACUACAUACUAGAACACCGGCGCACAAAUCACGAGGGUCCACCUCGCAUCCGAGAGGACUACCCCUGGAUGGUGGUGGAGGGGAUACGAGAGAUGGAGCACACUCUCACGGGUCUGCGCUUUGACACCCGGUACUUGACGUUCAGAGUGAGAGCGUGUAACAAGGCCGUGGCGGGAGAGUUCUCUGAGCCGGUUACACUAGAAACCCAUGCUUUCACUUUCAAGCUGGAUGCUGCUUCAGCUCAUCAGAACCUGAAGGUGGAGGACUUGAGCGUUGAGUGGGACAGCAGCGGAGGAAAAAUACAGGACAUCCGAAAAGACAAGAACCGAACCAACUCACCAAUGCACUCCCCAGCCAGGUCAGCCCUGAUGUCUCCUAAGAGAGCACCGACCGCCCGGCCCGGCAGAGACAGGUUUACAGCAGAGUCGUACACAGUGCUGGCUGACACUAUGAUUGACGCUGGCCAGCAGUACUGGGAGGUGCGUUUCGACAAGGAGAGCAAGGCCUUCGCCGUGGGCGUAGCCCUGCGGAGCCUCGGCCGAUUCGACCAGUUGGGGAAAAGCAGCGCUUCCUGGUGCAUCCACCUGAACAACUGGUUGCAGCAGAGCCUCACAGCCAAGCACAACAACAAGGCUCGAACCCUCGACUGUCCCAUCCCAAACAGCAUCGGAGUCUAUAUCAACUACGAUGAAGGUAUUCUGUCUUUUUACAACGCCAAAACUAAGCAGCUGAUGCACACUUUUAAAACUAAGUUUCAGCAGCCAGUUAUCCCAGCGUUCAUGGUGUGGAACGGGAGUUUCUCUGUAGUGACUGGCCUGCAGGUUCCUAGCGUGGUGCAGAGCGGCCAGAGGAAGAACAGCGGCACCAGCAGCUCCAACGCCAGCCUCAACUAGACCCAUCCAUCCACCUAGCCAACUGGACUCCUCCCACCUCCACCCAGCCUUGGUCAGCGCCGCAGAUCAUCUCCUCUGCCCUGACGGCGGUCGAAGCCAUAUCGCAGAAGAGUUAAAUCACUGGAGUAUGACGGUUUAGCCUGUUCCACAUGCAGUGUCUGUGUUGCAUAGAGACAAACAUUAGGUGGGAAGAGGUGGGUCUGCUGCUCCCUCAGUGACAGAAUUCUUCAGAUGUAUGACUCUGGCUGUUGUGAAUGCUGGGGAUACAGUAGGUGUAGGCUUGCUAGGUUUCCUGUCUCUGCACAUCCAUUUAGCACCACUGCUGCUAGAGCACUGAUUUAGCGCUGGCCGCUGUCCAUCCUUCUGUCAGCCGAACUGUUGUGCAGCCAGCUGCCGGUUCAGGGUUACGCUCUGUCCUGUCUGCUCUCUCUCCCUGUGCCUUCCUGCUCAUUUCCAAAAAGAUGAAAUCGGGUACGCUAAUAAGCUUUCUGUUCCAAUUUAAAACUAUGUCAGAAAAUUUUGGGUUAGCGGUUAUUACCUAACCAGCCAGCAACCAACAUACGGUCUAUAACCCAAAUAACAACCUGCACCUACACACAGUUACUGAAGUCACUGAAUUGCUGCCAGCAGCUUUUAGAUACAAGAAAUUAACAUAUUUAGGAUGCUGAAUUUGUUUUGUUGCCAAGGCAUGUGCAUUUAACAGUGUCUACUGUAUUUCAUAUAAUAGCCAGGACCCACACUUUGGGCUCUUUUGGCUCCUGCUGAGGUUUUGUUAGUUUAAAAUCAGAGAUGGUGUUAACUGUGGAGGAGUCUGUCGUACAGACUGAAAGUCAGAGGCAACUUCCUUCAUUUUAACUCCUUGUAGUGAAGUCAGAGCGCUCACGUGGCUUCAGGAUUUUUGAAAUGAUUGUACUGUAUACUCACAUAACUGCACUCUAAUGCUUGUUCCUGUAUAUGCACCAUUUCUUUUGCAGCAAAGAGUUCCCAUUACGAGUAGUGGACUGCUUUUCGUCCUAAAUAUAACAAAUAGCUAGGCAGUAGCUCGAGCUAAUAAAUCGUAUAAUAAAGAUUAGCCAUUUAUGGAGCCACCCAGGUGAGAAACUAAAACGAUAAACCCUGAAAACUUAGUCUAAAGUCUGUUUUUGUGCACCGCCUGACCUCUGAGAAGCAUCCACCUCAUGCUGUAUGUAACACAUGGUAACAGUGUUGCUUUGCCACAUUUCUCCCUCUACGUGUGUUCUGAGUAAUGUAGCCUGCGAUGCUUUGAAGAAGCGAGAGUUCUGUUGACUUUGUUUCACAUGCUGACAGAUGUCAGAGUUUAUUGUAAAUAGUUUAAUUUUUUCCACUAUAAUGUAUCAGUCAUUGAGGUAAUAAAGGAGUG